AUGACCGCGCUGCCAGGCUCAGAUCCAAUAUGGCGGCCAGCUCGGCGGGUGUUCGGUUUGCGUUGACGGUGUUGUUGUGGUUCGGAAUCGGGUUCGUCGCCUGCAGCCAGGAAGCUCCGCUGGUUCUGGGCCUGCGGCUGGAGGACUCGGGGGGCCCGGUGUGCAUGAACAGCCGCAACAUAUCUGCUCCGGCGGGCUCCACGUUCAGACUUCGUCUCUCCGGGUCCAACCUGAAUGGAAGCUCGCCCUGGGUGGCUUUCGCCGGAGCGGCGGAGGCGGAGGGCGACACCGAGGACCCGUGCGGACUGGAGUCCAACCGCCGUGACUCCUCCUUCAUGGUGUCGGAGGAGCACAGCGGGCUGCUGACGGUGGAGGUCCGGCCGAGGAGCGGGUCUCCGCGAACCCACCACCUCUGCGUGCGGAGCGGAGACAAGUGGGCUUCUACUGGACCGGACCGCUUCCGCAUCAGCGCCGGCAGCGCUCAGCCCGUCGACCACAUCCCCCCCUGGGCUCUGGCAGUUCUGGUCGUGCUGCUGUUGAUGCUGUGCGGGCUGCUGCGGACGGUGAACCUGAGUCUGCUGUGGCUGGACCCGGUGGAACUCUACGUCAUCCACAGCUGCGGUUCGGAGGAGGAGAAGCGGGCCGCCAAGAGGCUGGAGCCCAUCAGGAGGAGGGGGAACUUCCUGGCCUGCUCGCUGCUCUUCCUGUGUGUUCUGGGUCACUCGGUUCUGGGUGUCCUUCUGUACCGGGCCCUGGGCUCCAUCCUCUCCGCAGCCUUCACCAGCGGCGUUCUGGUCUUCCUGGUGGCUGAGCUGUUGCCUCACAUCGUGUGCUCGGGGUAUGGCUUCCAGCUGGCACCAUCGCUCACCUGGCUGGCCCAGGUGUGUCUGGUUCUGACCUGCCCGCUCUCCUGCCCGCUGGGCCUGGUCCUGGACCUGGCUCUGAGGCGGGACAUCACUACCUGUGGUAUCCGGGAGAGAGCCAUGGAGAUGAUCCACACCAACGUCAACGACCCGUACAGCGAGUUUGUGAAGGAGGAGUUCAGCCGGGGGGCGCUGCGGAGCAAGACUGUGGAGGACAUCCUGACCCCCCUGAAAGACUGCUUCAUGCUGCCCAGUUCCGUGGUGCUGGACUUCGCCACCAUGUCCGACAUCAUGCAGAGCGGGUACACGCGCGUGCCCGUUUACGAGGAGGAGAGGUCCAACAUCGUGGAAAUUCUCUACGUCAAGGACUUGGCACUGGUGGAUCCGGACGACUGCACGCCGAUGACCACCAUCACCAAGUUCUACAACCACCCGCUGCACUUCGUCUUCAACGACACUAAACUGGACGCCAUGUUGGAGGAGUUCAAGAAAGGAAACUCCCACAUGGCCAUCGUCCAGAAGGUCAACAACGAGGGGGAGGGGGACCCCUUCUAUGAGGUCCUGGGUCUGGUCACCCUAGAGGACGUCAUCGAGGAGAUCAUCAAGUCUGAGAUCCUAGAUGAGUCCGACGGCUACCUGGACAGGAAGGUGAAGCGUCCGCUCACCCCCCUGGACCUUCCUAUGGAGCCUCGCAGCAGCCACGAUGAGUUCUCACUCUUCAAACCUCCUGAAGGAGAACCCAAGAUUAGAACCUCGCCUCAGCUGCUGCUAGCGACUCACCGCUUCCUGUCCAGAGAGGUGGAACACUUCAGUCCAGCUAGGGUGUCAGAGAAGGUCCUCUUCCAUCUGCUGCGUCACCCCAGUGUGAACCAGGAAGUGCACUUUGACCCCAGCAACCGGCUCAGCCCGGCCCACUACCUGUACACCCGGAACCACCCGGUGGACUACUUCAUCCUGCUGCUGCAGGGUCGGGUGGAGGUGGAGAUCGGGAAGGAAGGACUCAAGUUUGAGAACGGAGCGUUCACGUACUACGGCGUCUCUGCGCUUACGCUGCCCUCCUCAGUCCAUCAGUCCCCAGUGUCCACGCAGCGCCAGUCGCCCGGUGACCCCUUUGAGUCUGGCGAGGCCACCAGCCCGUCCAGCUACUGUCCUGACUACACGGUCAGAGCGCUGACCGACCUGCAGCUCAUACGGGUGACCCGGCUCCAGUACCUGAAUGCGCUAAUGGCGUCCCGGGUCGGCCAGAGUCCGGACCCUCCGGAGAUCAAGAUCCUGCCGACCAGUCAGACCAAACUGCUCAACGACAGGAAUACGUCACAAGACUUCCCUGUACACUUUUCUUUCUUUGACUCCAUUGAGAACUUCUGUUAGUGUGUGUGUGAGGUGCCUGUAGCAGCAGAGACAGCUCCGCAGAAGAGGAGGCUCAUGGGUAAUGAAGUUCUGCUUCUUUGAAGAAUGCUGGACCCAAACUGGAGUGUGUGUGUCUCUGACACUAACGACAGUGUGCCAAAGUGUGUGUGAGUGAGACCAAGUCCUCAUCGGUACGUUUCCUGUUCACUUGUUUCCUUCACCCGUCGACCCAUGAGUGGGGUCCGCUCACCCCUGGUUCCGAAACAAUGGCAGUUUCUGGAACGCUAAAAGAAGGCAUCCGUUUCUAUUGAACUAUAGCACGUGUGUCCAUUUAUCCAGCAGGGGGCGCCACAGGUGUGUGGCAGUCAGCUCAGCUAGAAAAUACCUUGUUUAGCAUGUGGCUAAUGACCUGCUGCUCCGUAUUCCAGGACCAUCACGUCUUCUUUUCUCAAGUUUCCUUUCCACGAAGGACUGAAUGUACAAAACUGUGGCAGAGUCGAGUGUUAAUAUAUAACCACGGACGUAGACGUCCGGCCACUUCCUGUCUCCAGGUCACGCUCUUACUUUGUAGGGAUCAACUUCCUGUCUGUGUAUUUAACGUUUUCAAUGUUUUAGUAAAUAAAGGUGAUGACAUUCUGA